AUGAGGGCCUCCAUCUCUUUUGCUUGCCUUCUGGCAACUGUCUCUGCCACGAUCAGCCCUGGCACCCUCGUCACCAUUUCUUCAGCAGUCGAUGUGAACAGUCAAUCGGCGUGGUGGAAUCCCCUCGACGAGUUCAACGGCUACCAGUGGCUAACCUAUCUGCGAAAUCCUCUGGAGGGAUCGACAGCCAACCACAAUGUCAUGGUUGUUCGUCGUGCUCAGAUAACGGUGCAAUCUCGCGGGAUUUUCCUUGACGACAACGGCCACAACACCCCGAGCAUUGCUGUCGACGGAGACGGUUACGUCCACGUCUUCACGAGCAUGCACAACGAGCCAUGGAACUACUUUCGUUCUUCCUCAGCUAACAGUGCGACCCUCGUGGAUCGCAGCUCAGAGAUGCCUGACCACACCCUUCGGGUCACGUACCCCGUGGUGAAGCGUGAUGCUGACGGUAACCUCUGGAUGAUUGUCAGAGGACAAUCGAGCAAUGACGGUUCAGCUCGAGGCGGCUACUUUUACAAGUAUACGACUUCUUCCAAGAAAUGGGCGCGGAUCAGCAUCUUUGCCUACAGAACAGACUACUCGGUGUACCCCGAUGAUAUCCAGUUCUCUUCCGACGGCGAUGUUCAUCUCCAGUGGGAAUGGGCCAAGUUCCCUGCCUCUGGAGUUCGCCAUGAGGGAAGCUAUGUGCGUUAUACGCCUUCGUCGGAUAAGUAUCGAUCCGCCUCUGGAGCGACCGUCACCUUGCCCAUCACUCAGGAGACCAAGGACAUUGUCUUCCAGCCCCUCACAUCUGGCGAGACCUAUGAUGGAGACACCGGUGCUACACCUGUCCCCGCGUUCCAGAGCGCAAAGCUUGCCCUCUAUGAGGGCGCAGCUGGCGAGGUCCAUAUCAACAUCGCAUACCGUUUCGCUCCCAAGUCCUAUCAGGGAUGGCAAAUCAACCGCGCGAGGGCGACAUUUGGCACGACGAACCCUUGGGCUCGUGAGUUGGUCUUUUCAGGCGAAAACACGAGCGCUGCUAUCGGCAUAACUCACGACGGCACAACUGUUCGCAUCUACUAUUGUGUCUCUGGUGGUAGUGCUUGGGUUCUUGAGAAGACUGGCAGCGCCGGGUGGACGAAUAACGAGCUCAAGGCUGUAACGGGCAAGGGAGUACAACGUCUACAAGCCAUGAUGAGAUCUGACGGCACAGAUCUUUUGUAUCUUGGUGCGCCUAAGAAUGUGGACGCAGUGACAGGUAGCUUGUAUUUCAUGACUGUGGGGGGCCGUUGA